UGGUAAAUAAACCAACGAAAAGCAAAACCUUCCGAUGCCUAAGAAUCAACAACACAGUUAGACAUGGCCUCGUCCUCGGAAAACGCAAACCCAGAACUCAGAAAAGACGCUGUGUGGAAUCGUUGGGUCAUAUUCUCACCCGCCCGAGCCAAACGACCCUCCGACUUCAAGUCCAAAUCCCCUACCGACCCGAAUACGAACCAACAGUGCCCCUUCUGCAUCGGCCACGAGCACGAGUGCGCGCCCGAGAUCUUCCGUGUCCCGCCCCGAGACCCGAAUUGGAAAAUCCGGGUCAUCCAGAACCUCUACCCCGCCCUCUCCCGCACCCUCCCCGAACCCCAACACGCCCCUUCCGGUUCGCUCCAGACAGGGUUUGGGUUCCACGAUGUAGUCAUAGAAACUCCGGUUCACCCGGUUCACCUCAGUGAUUUGCCUCCAACGGAAAUUGGCCGAGUUUUUGUCGCUUAUACCGAGAGAAUCCAACAACUCGCAAGCCAUAAAUCAAUUCAAUACGUGCAGGUGUUCAAAAACCAUGGUGCUUCAGCUGGUGCAUCAAUGAGUCAUUCUCACAGUCAGAUGAUGGCCCUGCCAAUUAUUCCACCAAGUGUAUCUGCCCGCCUUGCAAGUAUGAAAGAUCAUUUUGAUCAGACAGGGAAAUGUUUUAUUUGUAAAAUUCAACGUGAAGAUCUUUUGAUUGAUUCAUCUACCAACUUCUUUUCACUGGUUCCUUUUGCUGCAACAUUUCCUUUUGAGAUAUGGAUUGUUCCUCGGUACCACUCUGCUCACUUCCAUGAAUUGGAUGCGGAAAAGGCAGUUGAACUGGGAGGUUUGUUGAAACUAAUGCUCAGGAAGAUGUCUUUGCAGUUGAACAAUCCACCAUUCAACUAUAUGAUUCACACUAGUCCACUUCAUAGUAACGGGUCAGAAUUAGCAUACACUCAUUGGUUUAUACAGAUAGUACCUCAGCUAAUUGGAAUUGCGGGUUUUGAGCUUGGAACUGGGUGUUACAUAAAUCCUGUGUUCCCCGAGGAUGCUGCAAAGGUUCUAAGGGAAGUAAAAGUUCCGGAGUGAGGACAAUGCAUGUACAAAUAUUGGUAACCUUGUCUCAAACUUGUUAGGUAAUGAGUUUCUUUGAUUUACAUAUGAGGGUCAAGCUUUUUUUGUCAUUGAGAUAUUUAAAAUAAGCUUUUCUUUUGUGUAUCACUGAGAAAGCGAUUGUGCCAAAAGAGGAAUGGUUACUGCAUUUUUUAUAAUUUCAAUGUCUUUUGCGGGAUUA